AUGGCGCCCCGCGAGGUUCCUGGCGGCAGCGCGACGGUGUGCGAGCAGGUCGUGCAGGCGCUGGGGCAGAAGAGCGAUGCCUCGGGCACUGCGGAGAUUCGGCAGUUCUUGGCCCAGGACAGGUCCGAAGUCGCGAGUGAGGCCUCCCGCGGCCACGCGGCGGCGAGUCAGAUCAGCCCGUUGGUCGUGGCGAGGGGCAGGCUCGACACGCUGUGCGAGCAGGUGGUGAGGCUGCAGACGGAGAUGGCCGACUCCGCGGACCGCUCUCGCCCGGCCACGUCGGGGCACGCGACCCCGGUGCAGGCCACGCCCCAGCGGGCGCUGCUGAGCCAGUUCGCCUCGGAGGCCACGCCUUAG